GCAUAGGUCGGAAGGGCUGAGAGUGAGAGUUGUCGGAAAAGUAAAUCCACUGACUCUGGAUUCAUCCGAUUGUUGGUCCCAAGCCUUGAUAGCAAAGUUACUGGUUAGGGACCCUGGACUGCUUCCGGGGUGUCUGCUUCAGCAGGAACACACGCGGAGGUAGAGAGUCAUUGUAAUCUGCCGGCGAUAAUUAUUUCUGCACAUUUUCGGAGAGUGAGUAAUUCAAAAACAAUAGCUGCUAGUAUAGUACCCACACUGACGCUAUCAGCGCCGCCACGGUCAGUGAUCAGUGAUGGUGGCUGCUCAGUCACAUGAUGGAAGCGCGUCGUUGAGAGGAGUACCCGAGGCAGGGAGAUAAACUACUCGCCCCUAGCCCUGACGGAAGUGGACUGCCCAGCCAGUUAUACCGGACCACCACAGGAACAGGAAUAGGUCAGCCAUGACUAGUAUGACUAGUAGUAGUAGUACAGUCAGUUCAAUGGAGAUGGCUGAUGUAGGUGGCCACUGGACGGCAGUUCCGCUCAACAGCGUCACCAGCGCAAACAUGACGCAGCUGGCCGUACAGUUUGAUCCGCGCCUGCGUCUCUACUUCUUCGUGUGCAGCCUGGUGUCGCUGUGCUGUGCACUGGCAGUGGUGAUAAUAUACUGCUGCAAGCCCCAGUGGCGACGGCAUCCCGAUGAGCUACUUCUCAAUAGAACCAUUAUGGACGGAGUAAUGAUGGCAUGCCACAUCAUCAGCUAUGCCCUGGGCAUUACACCUAGCAGCGACGUACAUCCGGACGCCGAUAACCACUCGUGCGAGUGGAUCAGCCUGGUCUACCAGUUUGCCGUCAGCGCCUCGACGGCCUGGUACUUCAUCAUUAGUCUAGACCUGCUGCUAAUCAUACGCAACCCGUUCAGGCCGUACACGUGGUACCGACACAUCUACUAUCCGCUUGUCUACCUGAUUUGCGCCGCGCUGGCAGUGGCACUCAUGUUGACAAAGAGCUACGGUCUAACUGCCUUGGACUUCUGCUGGAUAAGCAUGGGCCACCACGAUGACGGCUUCACCAAACAGACAUACGUCUACCCGGUCGUCCUCUACUUUGGCUGGUCGGCAUUCCUUUCCCUGUUGUCCGUUGGCAUUGUCAUGUACGUGGCCAUCACACUGCGCCGAGCACUGGCCUCGAGCAGCGGCAUACGUCGCCGACUGCUCACGCAGCUAUUCGUCUACGUCGUUAUGCUCUCCGUCGAGUGGUCGCUGCGUAUAGUCUUCUGGGUUCUGCAGAACACGUACGUGCGCGAUCAUUACCACGACAAUGUUGUAAUUCACCAUCUUGGUCUGCCGUUCGCACUCGUCGAGGGUUCCCGUGGCAUCGUUGACUUCGUGGCCUGGCUAUCCAACAGUCGCCGGUACCGAAAGCUGGCACGGUGCCUCUGCUGCUGCUGCGUGGGCCGCUGUGCAUCGAGCAGAGAGAUGACGAUACAGACGGAGCAAUCGCCGCUGAUGGAUCAGACGUUCAGCUACGCCACCGUGCACGACCUGGCGAAACACGAGCCGUCGUCAGCAACCGGAGCUGCGGACUCGGCGAGCAACAAAGAGAUGCGCAUCAGUAGUGUCCUGCGUCACGAUCUGAUCUGCUGCAUUGCCUGGGGUAUCGUGGACAUGGCGCCGAUCGACUGGCACCGCCAGCGCCAGGCGUCGUCGGCGCGCACAAUCAGCUUCCACCACCAGUCCGGCGACCAGCAGCUGCCGGUGACGCGCAAGCGGCUCACCUGUCCCAUGGCGCUCAAGCACCUGGAGGUGGACUUUGUCGACUACGCGCCGGCCAUGUUUACUGAGCUUCGCAGCAUGAGCGGCAUCGCGCCCAUCGAGUACGCCGAGUCGUUCAAGAAGAAGACCAAUAACCAUGGCACGGUCAUGGACGAAGUGUCCAGCACCGGCAGCAGCGGGUCGUUCUUCUACUUCACCGGCGACAAGCGCUACCUGGUCAAGACGCUGCAGCGCUCCGAGCUGCAUGUCCUGCUCGACAUCCUGCCACGGUAUCACCGGCACAUGGACAGAUACCGGCAGUCGUUUCUCCCUCACUUCUUCGGCCUGCACGAGACGCGCCUGUCCCCCGAACAGACCCCCGUGCCGAUUGUCGUGAUGAGCAACAUAUGCCACACACCGCCAGGCAUUCCCAUCCACGAGAAGUACGAUCUGAAGGGCUCUUGGGUGAAUCGAUCAAGCAGAAAGUCCGACAGCAAAAGCAAGAGCAAGAAGGAUGCAGAGCACUUCAGUGCCGAAUCCGUACCAACCUGGAAAGACUGUGACCUGCAGGGCAAGCGUUUUCAUGUGGGCCCAGAACGACGGCGCUUGAUUUUGGAACAGCUGUACAACGAUACACAGUUCCUGGAGCAGUUUGGCCUCAUGGAUUACAGCCUGCUUGUUGCGGUGCACCAUCUGACCAGACCGCCCGGCGUUGUCCAGCAGGAGGUGGAGCGGCAGCAGAGGCGGCAGCAGCGCCUGCGCACCAACAGCACCGUGGCCAUGCCCGAGCUGCCCGUCGACAAGUCAGUGCGCAUGCACGGCGCCAGGGCCGGCACCACGCCGACCAGUCUCGACCGCAUCUCGCUCGACCCGUCCGCCAUGCUCGCCUCUUACGAGCGUUCAUCGACAACUCAGGUACACGGGAGUAGCUACCAGAGCUCUCCGACGCUACCCCGAUCGAACGGCAAGGACCGAUUACUACCCACCACCAUAGGUGAAAGCUCAGCAUGCUACAAGCCAGAGAAGAUAUUUUACGAAAGCGGCGAGCGUUCUGACAUGGAGUCGACGCCGGCACCUGUGCCUCUACAUCGUUCCUUUGCCGGCGGACUGUUAACUGAGCCCGUCGAGCACGUCGACUCCAGCAACUCGUAUGGUCAUAAUGAUCAGUUGGCUGCUGCGGCGACAGUGCCUGAACGGCAGCAGAGUAUUUGCUACAUAGGCCUCAUCGACAUCUUUCAGAAGUACACGCUGAACAAGAGAGCCGAGCGCUUCUACAAGGUGCACGUGAGGCGCAAGGAUCCGGCCGGCGUUUCGGUGAUGCCCGUCGAGCCGUACGCGAAGCGUUUCAUGGAGAAAAUGGAAGCGAUAUUUGUAUGAUAGUAGGACAGCGUGGAGGAGUGUGGGCAAAAGAGUCGGGUGUCCUACACGCAGUCGUGAAUCGAUUCUGUGCACUGAUUUGGACACGCGCCCAUUGAACUUCCAGAAAGCCUGCUGCCAGCGCCAGUCUCUGCUCAACGGCGUACAGUCCGUGUUUGGAUCCGUCCACUUGCUCCCAAAAGUGCAAAAGCCAUGCAGUCUUCUGCAUCUUGAAUUCCUAUACUAGGCUAUAGUUUGAGAACAUUCUGAUCUUCUGAUGAGAAUUACCAUUGAGACUGUGCAUUCAUACAUUCCCCGUAACAACCUGGAUCCUUAUGCUUUACAGUGUUCCUGCUACUGCUGCUGCUUUGCACCCGUACAUUUCCAGCGUGUUGAGUUCCUUAAAACCCUGAAAAGGGAAAUGUAUGCACGCGCACGCACAUAUGUGUGUGUGUUCGUGCGUGCGUGUGUGUGUGUGUGUUUAACUUUAUUUGUUUGUUUGCGGAAGAUGAAGCUUUGAAAUCUGCCUUAUUAUCCAGUAAGGUAUUCAAUACCUGAACUAACAUCAAGUACGAUAAUUAUUCCACCCAACAAGAUAUUGUUUGUUUGUGUGUGUGUGUAUGUGUGUGCGUGUGUGGUAUGUGUGUGCGCGCGUGUGUAUGUGUGUGCGUGUGUGUGUGUGUGUGUGUGUGUGUGUGUGUGUGUGUGUGUGUGUAACUGUGCUGCAAACCACUCUCCACUUCUGGAACAUUCACUCUAUUGCAAUCUUCUGCCGCACUUCUGACAUUCAUGUAAUUCCUGGUGACAACACUACAAUUGUAGUUGUCUCGACGGGGUCAUGAGGGCAUGGCAAACGUCACAUUA